CGGCUGCAGGGUGGCCGCGCCGCGAGUCCUCCAUCGGGGUCUGGCCAUGGAGGCAGAGCCGCCGCUGUACCCGGUGGCGGGGGCCGCAGGGCCGCAGGGCGAUGAGGACGGGUUCGGGGCCCCCGACGGGCCCGACGCCCCGCUGGACGAGCUGGUGGGCGCGUACCCCAACUACAACGAGGAGGAGGAGGAGCGCCGCUACUACCGCCGCAAGCGCCUCGGCGUCCUCAAGAACGUGCUGGCGGCCAGCGCGGGCGGCACGCUCACCUAUGGCGUCUACCUGGCUUGGUUGCACCCAGAGCCGGGCCGCUCCCUCCAUGGCGCCCAUGUCCCCAGGCCUCCUGCAAAUGCAGCUGAUCCUGCACUAUGAUGAGACCUACCGCGAGGUGAAGUACGGAAACAUGGGACUGCCCGACAUCGACAGCAAGAUGCUCACGGGUAUCAACGCGACUCCCAUCGCCGCCCUGCUCUACACGCCUGUGCUCAUCAGGUUUUUUGGCACCAAAUGGAUGAUGUUCCUGGCUGUGGGUGUCUAUGCCCUCUUUGUCUCCACCAACUACUGGGAGCGUUACUACACACUUGUGCCCUCUGCUGUGGCCCUGGGCCUGGCCAUUGUGCCUCUUUGGGCCUCCCUGGGUAACUACAUCACUAGGAUGGCACAGAAGUACUACGAGUAUUCCCACUACAAGGAGCAGGAUGAGCACGGGCCUCAGCAGCGCCCGCCACGGGGUUCGCACGCUCCCUAUCUCCUGGUCUUCCAAGUCAUCUUCUAUAGCUUCUUCCAUUUGAGCUUCGCCUGUGCCCAGCUACCUAUGAUUUACUUCCUGAACUCCUACCUGUAUGACCUGAACCACACGCUGUACAACGUGCAGAGCUGCGGCACUGAAAGCCACGGCAUCCUGAACGGCUUCAACAAGACGGUUCUGCGGACCCUACCGCGGAGCAGAAACCUCAUUGUGGUGGAGAGCGUGCUCAUGGCGGUGGCCUUCCUAGCCAUGCUGCUGGUGCUGGGCCUGUGCGGUGCGGCUUACCGACCCACGGAGGAGAUCGACCUGCGCAGUGUGGGCUGGGGCAACAUCUUCCAGCUGCCUUUCAAGCACGUGCGUGACUUCCGCCUGCGCCACCUCGUGCCCUUCUUUAUCUACAGCGGCUUUGAGGUGCUGUUUGCCUGCACUGGUCUCGCCCUGGGCUAUGGCGUGUGCUCAGUGGGGCUGGAGCGGCUGGCUUACCUCCUCAUAGCUUACGGCCUGGGUGCCUCUGCAGCCUCCAUCCUGGGUCUGCUGGGGCUGUGGCUGCCACGUUCAGUGCCCCUGGUGGCUGGGGCAGGGUUGCACCUGCUGCUCACCCUCAGCCUCUUUUUCUGGGCCCCUGCACCUCGGGUCCUGCAGCACAGCUGGAUCCUCUAUGUAGCAGCUGCCCUCUGGGGUGUAGGCAGUGCCCUCAACAAAACCGGACUCAGCACACUCCUAGGAAUCCUAUAUGAAGACAAGGAGAGGCAGGACUUCAUCUUCACCAUCUACCACUGGUGGCAGGCCGUGGCCAUCUUUGCUGUGUACCUGGGUUCCAGCCUGCCCAUGAAGGCGAAGCUGGUGGUGUUGAUGGUGACUCUGGUGGCGGCGGCGGUCUCGUACCUGUGGAUGGAGCAGAAGUUACGGCAGGGGGUGGCCCCUCGCCAGCCACGCAUUCCACGGCCACAGCACAAAGUGCGUGGCUACCGCUACCUGGAAGAGGACAACUCGGACGAGAGCGAUGCGGAGGGCGAGCGUCCCGGAGGCCGGGGGGACUGCGCGGAGGAGGCGCCACCCGCGGGACCUUGCCCGGGCCCAGAGCCAGCCGGCCCCUGCCGCAGGCCCUGCCCCUACGAACAAGCACAGGGCGGUGACGGGCCGGAGGAGCAGUGAGGGACCCCCCCAUCCAGAGGCCGGCCUGCUUCCCUGCUUGCUGGCCAUCUGCAGGAAGGACCCUGUGUCCCCUCCUCUUUGUUCGGGAACGCCCCUCUCAGAGACCAGGGUCACCUAGAACUCCGCAGCCCCCUCCGCGGAGAGGUGGAGCUCCAUCCAGGACCCCUGCCCUUGCCCAAGGCCCAAACCCGGACAGAGACGACCCCUCCCUGCUCACCACACCCGCAGGGCCACCUCGGCCCUCUCGGUAUGGCACCUACCGCUUAUGAUGCGGGGGGCCUUUGGCGCUUAGCACUUCCUACCCCCAGGACCCACCCAAAGGCACAACUUUUUAUAGAAAAUGAGCAAUAA